AUGGGCGCCUGCGCCUCCACGUCAGCCAACGACAUCGCCGAGCCGGUGUCGCAGCCUGAGAAGAUUGACACUCCCGCCGACCUCACCGUAAUCGACACCUCGCCCGACGUCGCGCCCGCCGAGACGCCCGCGGACGACGCGACGGCUGCACCCUCCGACGUGAAGCCCGAGGCAGAGGAGGCGGCAUCUGAGAAGCCCAAGGAGCAGCCGGCGGCCGAGGAGACGGUUGCCGAGGCCGCGCCUGCCGAGGCGAUCGAGGAGGUGACGCCGCCGGCCGAGCCGGUCAAGGUGCCCUCAAUCCUGGACAAGGUGGCUGACUACCUCUCGGGCCGCAAGUCUGAGGCUACUGCCGAUGCUGCCGAGACCGAGGCAGUCGAGAUGGCGGAGGUCGAGUCCCCGGAGGAGCCAGUUGCACGCGCAUUGAUUGAGACGCCAGAGGCGGAGACGGCGGAGACGGCGGAUGAGGUGGCGGUGGCGCACGACUACACGCACGCAGCGGCGGCGGCGGCAGCUGCAGAGACGGUCACCAGCCCGCGGCAAACUGAGUCCUUCAUCGGCAUGAUCGCGGCAGCCCUCUCGCCGCGCAAGGGAUCCCCGUCUGUGAUCGAGGAGCCGCAGGCCGAGGAGCCGCAGGCCGAGGAGGCAGUCGCCGAGGAGGCGGUCGCCGAGGAGGAUGCGGCCGAGGUGCCACCGCCGGCCGAGGCGGUCAAGUCGUCGUCAUUCCUGGACAAGGUGGCUGACUGCAUCUCCGGCCGCAACUCCGAGGCUACUGUCGAGGCUGCCGAGACCGAGACACUUGAGACGGCGGAGGCCGAGUCACCGAUGGCGGAGCCCGAAUCGCCGGUGGCGGAGGAGGCGCUGGCCGAGGACGCCUCGCCCGAGGCUGCGCCUGAGGCGGCACCUGAGCCUGACGAGGCGGUGGCUGAGGCGGCGGCGCCCUCGGUUGCUCCCGACGAGGAGAAGCCCACUCUCUUGCAGCAGAUGUCCACGGCUUUCUCGAGCAUCCUCCCCAAGGUGCAGUGCCUGCCCUCCGCCCGCCCUUCGGCCGAUGCACCGCCCGUCGCGCUCCGCGAGGAGGAGGCUGCGCUCGAGGGGGAGACCAAGGGUGAUAAGGCCUGGGGCUACGCGACCAUCGAGGUCGACCUGAAGCACGAGAAGGCCGCGGGCGACCGCGAGUCGGUGAAGGCGGCGGAGCGCUCGUACAUCGAGCGCACCGCGCCGAAGGAGAAGGAGCUCACAGAUGAGCAGCUCGCGGCAAAGGCCGCGGCACGCAAGGCCAAGAAGACCAGGCAGAGGGAGCGCCGGGCGAAGGAGGCCGAGCGCGCCGCGAGCGAGGCCGAGCGCGCGGAGCGCCCACGCGCGCAGCUACGCGCGAACAUCGAGUACGCGAUGGAAGGACUACGGUCUGCAGCUGCGCGGGCGCGCAGCCAGGCGGGGUCCAAGACUCGGGUCACCUACUCGCUGCCUCCGGAGAGGGACGACGGAUAUCGGCGCGGCCCCAGCGUGAUGUGCGCCACGGUCCCCCAGGGCACCGUGGCGACGACCGUCGCGCAGGACUGGCUCGCAAAUGAGCUGGCCGAGUACGGAGAGAUUGAUGCGGCAUGCCGCGACAGGUUUGUCAUGCACCUGAUGACGGCCGCCGGCGCCUCGGCGCCGGCCGACGCCGUGUUCGGGUUCAAGGCUGGCGAGACGAUGCAGACCUCUCGCCCGACCUCCGCGUCGGGCGAGGACGACGACGAGGACACCGGCUCCGAGGAGUAUUCCGACGACAGGGCGUCCGACUAG